AUGAUUGACGCAGAAAGGCGCCUCAUAGCAAACGCACUCCUACACUCCUCAAACGAGAGAUUUGUUCUUCUCUCAGAAACUUGUAUUCCUCUCUUCAACUUCACAACAACAUACAACUAUCUCAUCGAAGCCAACCAGAGCUUUGUAGGCUCAUAUGAUGACCCAAGGAAAAUUGGGCGUGGCAGAUACAAUCCUCAAAUGUCACCCACAAUUUCUCUAGCAAAUUGGCGCAAAGGGUCCCAAUGGUUUGAAGUGAACCGCAAGGUAGCCCUUCACAUCAUUUCUGACAGCAAAUAUUACCCUUUGUUUAGCCAGUUUUGUAGCCCUCCAUGUUACAUGGAUGAGCACUAUAUUCCCACACUUGUCAACAUUCUUUGCCCCCAAGAGAACUCCAACAGGAGCAUCACAUGGGUUGAUUGGUCUAAGAGUGGCCCACACCCUGGAAAAUUUGUGAGGCAAGCUGUUACUGCUGAAUUCUUGGAUCAAAUAAGGUUUGGUACUAAGUGUACAUAUAAUGGAAACAUUGUUUCCUCUAUAUGCUUUUUGUUUGGGAGGAAGUUUAUGCCCAACACUUUGCAACCCUUGUUGCAAAUUGCACCAGUUUUGAUGGAUUUUGGUGCUUAA